UUGAUUGAUCGAGUCAGGGAGCGUAGUCUAGUCAAGUCAAAGUCAAAGCAAAGAAGGAAGAAGAUGUACUUUGCAUUUGGAUGGCCAAAGACUUAUGCCAGUGGCAUUGGCGAUACGUUUGUGGAUGUUGCUCAUAAUGUUGAUGGUACACUCUUGGCAUUGUUGUCUGCCACUGCACUCAGUGUUUGGAGCGGUGACCAACAUCGCGUUCAUCUUGGUUACAUCAUUCGCUCUGAAGACUCUAUCAACAAGUUUGGAAGGAAUGAGCGACUAACAUGGUGUCCCGAUUCAUCUGCCAUUGCAAUUGUCACUUCAUUGGGAUACAUAUUGGUAUAUAUUAUAGAAAGGGACUAUGUUGAUGUGAUGCAACUUAGAUUCCGCGAUCAUCAUCACAAUACAUCAUUGGACAAACGUCGUGUGGCUAUCAAGUUCUCUUCAUCGUUCAAGCCUAGCACACUGGGCGCAAUCUGCAUCACUGGCAAUGCGGAGUACAUAUUUAUAUUCACUCGCGAGGGAUACCUCGUGCGAUCAUCAUGGACGGGCGAGCUCAUCAGUCAGUUCUCCCUGGACAUCGUACCUUUCGACGACGACCCAACCAACCCAGCCACAGGCGGCAACACUCUGCCCAAGGCACAUUUGAUCGUGGCGUCGGUGCACUACACCUCGGCCUUCCCGACGUUUGGCCUGGUUUUUGAGGGGGCGGGCGAUGGCACAACCAAUGGCGCAAAGCAACACGAACCACAGGACUGCCAGCUACUGCGAACAUUCUCGCUGUUCCAGUUCCGCGAGGUCACGCCCGAUGAGAUCGGACCGAUCUCAAAGAUGAGUUGGACGUCCGACGGCAACUGUCUCGCCGUCGGAUGGCGCAACAGAGGUCUGUGCAUCUGGUCCGUCUAUGGGUGCAAGCUGACAUGCACAAUCCCGCAGAUGCAUGAUGGUGCCAGUCGCUUCGCCGAGCCAUGUCGCGAGGGCGUGCUGUCAUUCAGCUGGGGGCCCGAGGGCUACCAUCUGAUAUUGCUGUCGAGUGGCAACGAGCCGGGUGAGUUCCUGCAGCUCACAUUCCUCAAGGCCAGCCUGUCGGCCAAUCCCAACCUCAACUACUCGGAGCGAAUCAUACUGCAGACGGAGGACCGUCUCAUGCUGUUGAACUACAAGGGCAAGGAGCUGGGUGACAUCAGAUGGAAGCAUCUUCAGAUCCCCUCGAUCUACCUCAAUGACAACUGGCCAAUCAAACAUAUUGCCCUGUCUCGCGACCGUUCACAACUGGCUGUCGCGGGCAGGAAGGGCGUCAUUUUGUACAACUCACUGUCGAAGCGAUGGAAGAUGUUUGGCGAUCGCACUCAGGAGCAGGAGAUCGAGAGUUUGGGCCUGACAUGGUACAAGCACACAAUCAUCAUUGCGAACCAGGUACACAUAGACAAUGGCAAGCGACACGAGUUCCUUGUAUACCCAAAGCAACAUCUUGACCAGACGAGCCUUCACUACAAGGGCGGCAUCCCUGGCAAUCAGACACCAUUGCUCAUCGAUUGCAAUGACGCACAUCUCGCCCUGCUCACAAGCGAGUCGUUCUUUUACCUGUACCGUAUCUCUGAGCAGCACAGCCCAUCGUCACUCGACAUGACCAUCAUCCACGUGCUGUCCAUGGCUAUCCCCUCACCACCCCUCUCAAUCUCACUGCUGCCGCCCAUUCAGGUGCCAACAAAAAACCCUGCCACUCAAUCAACAACGACACCAACAUCACCGCGCAGUGCAUCGCUGCGGUCGGCCAGCAGCCACGUCUACUGCCUCAUCCUUCACACCAGUGGACGGCUGGUGCUGUCCAACGCAGAGAACGCCGCACAGAUUGAGCUGUCACAGAACGUCGAGCAAUACUGGUUCACAAACAUUUAUCGCGAGCGCGACAUCAUUGGCAACACACUAUGGGGCUACGGCCUCAAUGGCAUCCAAGUAUGGUUUCCAUUCUCCAGCGAAGAGAUCCACGCAUCUCGUGUCCUGCAUCACAAUCGCUCGCUGUCAUUUGACAACGAGGUCUAUCCCAUUGGCUUCUUGAGCGAGCUGGGCGUCAUCGUGGGCCUAUCACAGGGCAUCUCCUACAACUCCUGCUCGCAAUACCCCUGCUACGACAUACACAUCAAGACUCAUCCCUUCCUGCAUUCGAUCCUCAAGCAUCUGUUGGAGCGUGGCGGUGCCGAGAAGGCCUGGAGUCUGAGCUCCAAGUUCUACACCAUCCCACACUUUACUCACUCACUCGAGCUGUUGCUGCACGAGACCAUCUCAGAGAACGACAUCAAGCGAUCGACCAAGCUAGAGUAUGUCGUCAACUUCCUUCAACGAUUCCCUCAGUUCCCCGAGGUGUCCAUGCGAUGCGCCCGAAAGAUCGACGCGUCCCUCUGGAAGCACCUCUUCAACUACAUCGGCGACCCAGUCGCUCUCUACCAGAAAUGCUUGGCUGGCGGUAAGAUUGAGAUCGCGGCGUCAUACUUGAAGAUCUUGCAGGUGUUGGAGAGCAAUGAGUUCAGCAGGAAGUGCGCCAUUGAGAUGUUGGAGAUUGUGUUGGACUUUGACAAUAUGGAUUUGGCUGGUGACUUGGUUCGCUUCAUGGAGCCAGAGGAGGACGAGGAAGAGGAGCAACAACACGAUGUCAACGAUGACAACAACAAAGUCCCCAAGACUACGGCAUUGACACCACAACAGAGACUGCAGCAGACGCAACAGCGAGAGAAACAACGUGCGAUUGAACGACAGCAAGUGGACUUUAUCAUCAGCUCAUAUGCAUCCAAACUGCUAAAGAACAAACUACUGCGAAACUUCUUGCUGUUCUCACGCAAGGUUGGCACGCCAAUCACUCAGUUGCUGGCGACCGAAAAGAAGUCCACUAUUCUCAGAACCGCGGAGGAGCUGGACAUGGCCCUGAACGCGAUACAUGUACAGUUUUAUAUCAGCGCGCCAGUGGACGACAUCCCGCCAUUCUCGCCUGCUGCCAUCCUGACGGGCAUCUCGACGACGCUGCCCUCGCCCACAUCAUCGACGUCCUCUCAGGACAAUGUGCUGGCGAGCAGCUCAACCGUGGUCGCGCCCAUGGGCAUUUCCAACAGCAACAGCAACAGCAUGAGGAGUAGCAAUGGCAUGGACCAGAUGAUUGGCGAGCUCAACCUGGAGGGAGAGGAAUCAAUAUCUCGCUACGAGAUGAUUGAAUCGCUCAAGUCUCGUAUUCAUAUGACGUCAAGUGACCAUCCGCUCGUCAGCAGCAGCAGCUCCGAGUCCAUCAGCAACCUGGCCAACAUGGUCAGUGGUGGCAACUCUGCAUUGAGUGCGGCCAUAUACUCGUUCAAGUCACAUCAGUUCAUGAUUGCCCCGUCCGCCACCAACUUUGAUGUCAACGAUCCUUCGUUCCUCCAAGACAGCAUAGACUCAUCCAUGGACGAUUUGUAUUUCCUAUUACAAGAACUUACCAACGCCGCAUGCCAUGAGUGGGUGCUGGUCAUUGGCACAGUGCUGCUCAAUCCGGCGUUAAUAACAAAGAUAUUGAGGAAGAUCCCAAACAUCUACGAGAACUACUGCAAGAUGCUAUCUCACCAGAAACCUCAAGGCUACUCGCAAUUGUUGAAGUUUAUCGAAGACACUGUCCACCCGCUGCUUCAAGGUGGAGGUGCCAACCCACCCCGAGGUGGAGGUACGAACGUUCGACAG